UGGUGCUACCCAGAACGUCUUGAAGUGUUUAUAUUUCUGUUUAUGUGGCAUCAGAAGCGUUGGAGCGAAAAUUUCUCUGGUUUCAUUUUCUAUGGCAACAACAACUUUGACCUCAUUAAUUAUGAUAUGUCGCUGUUGAUGACUCAGUUGGUUUCAUCGUUUAUAAUGUGUAGUAAUUUGUUUCUUACAAUUUAGGACAUGGCUACAGGAUUUGGUUCAGACACUCCCAAGUCCUACGGCUCGAUAGGGGAAGAGAAACGGCCUCUUUUGCACUCCAAUAAUGACAAUAAUGGACCAUUCAACAAUGAAUCUUCCUCUGAGUCAGACAAUGAAUGUGGGGAUAAGAUCUCCUCUAUGCCUGCAGAGAACGGUCAGAGAGGAAACGUCCAGCGUCAUGGCCGCAGUGACGUAGAAGGCGGCCCCAUGGGCGGUGGGGUCAGCGUGGGGUCACAGGUCAAGGACUGCUGCCGGAACACCUUCACCUUGCAGAAUGCCCUAGGAAAGUUCCCCAUCGUCAAGUGGAUCCCAAAAUACAGGUGUGACACGUUCCAGGCCGAUCUGAUCGCUGGUCUGACUGUUGGCCUGACGGUCAUCCCACAGGGCUUGGCCUACGCCCAGAUCGCGGGUCUACCGGCUCAGUAUGGCCUCUACUCAGCCUUCAUGGGCUGCUUCGUGUACACGCUGAUGGGUACCUCCAAGGACAUCACCCUUGGCCCCACGGCCAUCAUGUCACUCAUGACCGCCACCUUCGCUAACUUCGCGGAGAAUGACCCGACGGCGCCGAAGAACGACCCCACUCUGGCUAUUGUGCUCACCCUCAUCUCAGGGCUCGUGCAGCUUGUCAUGGGCAUACUCAAAUUAGGUAUCCUGGUGAACUAUAUCUCCUACCCGGUGAUCAACGCUUUCACUUCUGCUGCCGCCAUUACUAUAGCAUUGGGGCAGGUCAAGAACAUUCUAGGCUUACAUGAUAUAGAACGGGAAUUCCUGCACAUGGUGUACGACACCUGUAGAAAAAUCCCAGAGACCAAAAAAUCGGCGCUGGUCUGGGAAUCGUUCCUCUGUUAGGCCUGGUGGAGACAAUGGCCAUUGGAAAAGCUUUUGCGGAGAAGCCGCGGAACAUCGUGCUGAACAUGGAGCACAUGUCCGACCUGGACUACACGGCUGUCCAGUCGCUCAAGACACUGGCCCGGGACUGUGAGAAGUAUGGCAUGAGACUGGUGCUCUGUAAUGGACAGCCUCGUGUGCUGUCGUUGCUGAGGGCUGCUGAGAUCAGUGACCUGAAGGUCGUGAGCUCUAUGAAGGAAGUGAUGGAAGAGUUCAGUGUACAAG